AUGGAAAAAUUGUCAUUUGGUCUCCGCUUCCAUGGGGGUCCUCAUGUCAUCGAAGCGCUUCAAUUGCUCACGGGGAAGACUUCUACCGACGCCAAUGACUAUAAUGUGACCCAUAUUGUCGUAGCUAAUCUUCAACAUGAUAUGGGAGUUCGCUCUGUCAAGCCCCAGUUUCCACACUCCAAAGUAAUUGGUGCACACACUUUGCAAUACGAUUCGCUCGACUAUAAGGUGAACAGCGACUUGGGGAACAAGCCGGUGAAAUUACAAGAUAUUGCAGCCGCUAAUGGCGAAACGGUUAGUGGAUACGAAAACUUGGAGUUUGUCUAUUUGAGUAAACACAAAAACCGGGAAUUAGUGGUUUAUGAGAACAAACACAAGGUUUUGUUUGAGUCAGAUUUGCUUAUUACCGUUGGAGACAGAGGACCAACUAACACUCUUGAGCAGUACUCUGAAGCUACUGGGUUUACUGACGGCUAUAAUCCCCACACUGGAAGAGCUCUCAUUGGUAAUUUUUUCUAUCCUCAAGGAUGGGUUUCGCAGUGGAUUCAACGCAGAAUUAACGGAUUCAAGUUUCCAGAGGGCAUUGAGGGAUGCAAGGCAAUAUUGCUGUGGGAUAUUGAAACCAUAGUUCCGAGCCACGGCAACUUGGUGGAAAAAAACUGUUCGGGAAUAUUGAAGCAGGUUUUUGGGUUCGAAAAGUGA